CGAGACUCGUAUAGCUUGUUGCUAGGAGACAGAGUUACAUUGUAUCAGAGGGAACGGGGCAAUAACAUCCAGGGGCAAACAUGGUGAGUCCGGGGUAUUAACUCUGGGUAAUGGCGGGGGGGCAGUAAGACUGGGGUAAUGGCGGGGGGCAGUAAGGCUGGGAGGGGGCAGUAGACUGGGAGUAGCCGGGAGGGCAGUAAGGCUGGAGUAAUAGCAGAGGCAGUAAGACUGGGAGUAAUGGCCAGGGGCAGUAAGGCUGGGGGUAAUGGCAGGGGGCAGUAAGACUGGGAAUGUGAGGGGCAGUAAGGCUAUAAUGGCAGGGGCAGUAAGACUGGGAGUGGCAGGGGGCAGUAAGGCUGGGAGGGUAAGCAGCAGAGACAUUAAGGCUGCUGAGAAUGUGUGGGGGCAAGUAAGACUGGGGUAUGUGAGACAGUAAGACUAGAGUAACUCAGCAGGGGCAGUGGAGCUGGGAGUAAUGGCAGGGGGCAGUAGGGCUGGAAAUAUGUGGCAGGGGCAGUAAGGCUGGGAGGUGUGGCAGGGGCCAGUAAGGCUGAGGGUAAUGGCAGGGAGACAGUAAAGGCUGGGAGGCAAUGGCAGGGGGCAGUAGGCUGGGGAGGUAAUGGCGGGGGGCAGUGGAACUGGGGUAAUGGCAGGGGGCCAUGGAGGCUGGGGUAAUGGCAGGGGCAGUGGAGCUAAGGGUGUGUGAGGGGGCAGUAAGGUGGGGAGGUAGCAAAGGGGCAGUAAGACUGGGGGUAAUGGGGGGCAGUACUGGGGCUCAGGGCAGUAGGGCUGGGGUAAUGGCAGGGGCAGUAGGCUAAGAGUGGCAGGGGGGCAGUAAAACAGGGUAAUGGCAGGAGACGAUAAGACUGGGGUCAUGGCAGGGGGCAGAGUAAGACACUAAGGGUCAUGUGGGGGCAGGCUAGAUAAUGGCAGGGGCAGUAAGACUGGGGUAAUGGCGGGGGUCAGUAAGGCUGGGGUAAUGGCAGGGGGCAGUAAGACUGGGGUAAUGGCAAGGGGGGCAGUAAGACUGGGGUAAACAUUUUCUGUCUGCUAAAUGCCCCAAUUCUGUCUCUGUAUCAGCCUGGUCUGUCUUUUUAAUUCAGUUUACAAUCUCCUUCUAUUCCCUUCAUUUCAAGUGCCCAAAUAAAAAAAAUAGUGUCCCUGCUGUGUUGUGUCUUGUGUUUGGGCUGGUCCAGGUCCAGGGAUCAAACUGAUCACAUUAAAAAAGUGUAAGCGGUAAUCUCCUGACAACCCUCUUAUCAGUCCACCCCUGGGAUCUGUCUAAAGUAGUUGUACUUUCUAUUUUUCUCACCUGUCCUGUGCUGACUACCAAAAAAAUAAGAUAAAUCUCUGGAUUUACAAAUAAUAAUAAACCAUCAAGGUUACUUAUGUGUCAAUUUUAGGGAAUUGAAAGUGAUGGUUUAUGUGUCAUUAUGUUUCCAUAACACAUUGGACAAUUUGAGGAGACCACCAGAUUGCGAGUUAGCCAUUGGCAACCUGUAGCAGUUUGUGGCUGAUUGUGGCUGAUUGAAGGCGAGGCAAGCGAUGCCUAUCUCAAAUAUUUUAUCAUUUCUCUACAAGUCACUGGGCGCUGAAUUAUCAAAACUAAAUCCCUGUUGUUAUCAUCACACAGAAUGCAGACUCUCCAUUGUAUUAUAUAUGUGUAUAACACUUGGUGUUGUGUUUGCAUUCUCUCCCUUAGCCACCCAAAAAGGCAAAAGGGGGGAAGAAAAAGAAAUCUGCAAAGGGAAAGAAGAGCCCCGGGUUGGUAGAUGGAGUGGCUCCCCAGGAAAUGAGCAAAGAGCAGGUAAGUGGCUGCUUUGUGGAUGAUCACCGUUGCUGUGUUUUACGUUAUUAAUGGAGUUGCACUUUAAAUGUGGAGAGAGUAAUAUGUAAAAAUAAAAUAUUUAUAUAUCUCUGUAUUCACAAGGAAAUUGCUAAUUCUAGCCGCAAACUCUGACAUGGGUAACUAGCUGAGUUUAAUUUUACAGUAUGACUUUUUUUUGGCCAAAGUUUGCAGUUUCUUAGUUAAUUUUCCACUGACUGUUGGUUCACUAGGUUCUGCUGUUAAUAUCCAUAAAAGUAAUUUAACACAUUUUUAAAAAAUUAUUUAUUGCAGCAAUUCUGAUUUCAGUUACCAUCAACCUCAGUGUUUGUAUUGUAUUGUUUCAUAUGAUGUGGUUAUAAUGCUUUCUAUAAGUAUUUCAUGUGUUACUUGUUUCCUAGCUCAAUAGCUUUGCCCUUAGGGAACUUGCAAAAUGGUUUCUCUCCAUAAUUCCAGUGCAGUAAUCCGCUGUCUCUGCUCCACUUACCAGCUCGAGGAGCACAUUGUCCGUCUGCGGGAAGAACUUGACCGGGAAAGGGAGGAACGAAACUACUUUCAGCUGGAGCGAGACAAGAUCCACACGUUCUGGGAGAUUACCAGGCGCCAGUUGGAUGAGAAGAAGUCAGAACUGCGCAACAAGGACCGCGAGAUGGAGCAAGCAGAGGAGAGGCAUCAGGUGGAGAUAAAGGUGGGUAAUCCGACCAACACAUAGUAAAAAAAAUAAACCUUUUAUCUGAAGUGAAAACACUCUGACAGAGCUUCUCUUGUAUUCUUUUCUGGACAAAAGUUAUUCUUUAAAACCAACCCGUAAAGAUUAACGUAGACAGAGAUUGUGCUUUUAUUUAUUUUUUGUCCCAAACCCCGCUGCUGGUAUAAUAAAAAUAUAGAGACAAAAUUAAUAAACUGCUAAACCAUUAAAGGUUUAUAAUCUGCUCUCAUCUCUCCAAUCAACUGUUAGCUCACCCAUAUUGAAGGCUACAAGCACUCCACUGUCCUGUGUCUGACAGGCAUACGCUGUCAGGACUGUCAGCAGUUGUCUCUCCUGUAGUAAUCAGAAAGUUACACAGAUUGGAUGUAUUAGUGAAGUAGUUUAUAGUUUACUAACUGGGGGCUUUGAUCAGUGCUCCAAUCCUGUACCCAGGAUGGUUUACUAACUGGGGGCCUUGAUCAGUGCUCCAAUCCUGUACCCGGGAUGGUUUACUAACUGGGGGCCUUGAUCAGUGCUCCCAUCCUGUACCCGGAUGGUUUAUUAACCGGGGGCUUUGAUCAGUGCUCCCAUCCUGUACCCGGGAUUGUUUAUUAACUGGGGGCCUUGAUCAGUGCUCCCAUCCUGUACCCGGGAUGGUUUAUUAACUGGGGGCUUUGAUCAGUGUUCUUAUCCUGAACCCGGGAUGGUUUAUUAACUGGGGGCUUUGAUCAGUGCUCCCAUCCUGUACCCGGGAUGGUUUAUUAACUGGGGGCCUUGAUCAGUGCUCCCAUCCUGUACCCGGGAUGGUUUAUUAACUGGGGGCUUUGAUCAGUGCUCCCAUCCUGUACCCGGGAUGGUUUAUUAACCGGGGACCUUGAUCAGUGCUCCAAUCCUGUACCCGAGAUGGUUUAUUAACUGGGGGCUUUGAUCAGUGCUCCAAUCCUGUACCCGGGAUGGUUUACUAACUGGGGGCCUUGAUCAGUGCUCCCAUCCUGUACCCGGGAUGGUUUAUUAACUGGGGGCCUUGAUCAGUGCUCCAAUCCUGUACCCGGGAUGGUUUAUUAACUGGGGGCUUUGAUCAGUGCUCCCAUCCUGUACCCGGGAUGGUUUAUUAAACGGGGGGCUUUGAUCAGUGCUCCCAUCCUGUACCCGGGAUGGUUUAUUAACCGGGGGCCUUGAUCAGUGCUCCAAUCCUGUACCCGGGAUGGUUUAUUAACUGGGGGCUUUGAUCAGUGCUCCAAUCCUGUACCCAGGAUGGUUUAAUAACUGGGGGCCUUGAUCAGUGCUCCCAUCCUGUACCCGGGAUGGUUUAUUAACCGGGGGCCUUGAUCAGUGCUCCAAUCCUGUACCCGGGAUGGUUUAUUAACUGGGGGCUUUGAUCAGUGCUCCCAUCCUGUUCCCGGGCUGGAUUAUUAACGGGGGGCUUUGAUCAGUGCUCCCAUCCUGUACCCGAGAUGGUUUAUUAACUGGGGGCUUUGAUCAGUGCUCCCAUCCUGUAUCCGGGAUGGUUUAUUAACUUGGGGCUUUGAUCAGUGUUCAUGUUCUGGUGACUUUGAUCAAUGUUCAUAUCCUGUACUCGGGACAGUUUAUUAACUGGAGGCUUUGGUUGGUAUUCUCAAUUGUUUCUGGGCUGAUCUAGGUUUACAAGCAGAAAGUGAAGCACCUCUUGUAUGAGCACCAGAAUAACAUCUCUGAGUUGAAGACUGAGGGCAGUGUGGCUAUUAAACUCUCCCAGAUGGAGCACCGCACACAGGAGAGCGUCCUGCGGAAGGACAUGCGAGGGAUGUGGGUGGAAAUCAAAGAGCAGGAGCUGGCCAAUGAGAUGAUGGUCAAGAACCUCAAGCUGGUGAGUAAAGAUGCAGAGUUCUUCCUGCCCCGUCUCUCCCUUACUUGGGACCGGUUGUGUGGUUUUUCUCGAGGUUUGAUUCAGGCAUACAUCUGCAUGCAGAGUUUCAGGGUAACUCUGCAGGCUCAGCAAGCAGGAUAGUGGCACUCUAAGAACAUUGGUGGGAGAGAAAUUACACGCAAACAUUUGGGGGGACAGUAAGUAGGACAUGCCGUAUGAUCGGGGGAGUAAGAUGCAUUAAGUAUGUUGGAAAGGGGAAGGGGUCUGUACUCUUGCCAUAUUGGGUGGGGGGGGGGUGGCAUUUCACAAUUUAAUGAAUAACCUGUUUGCAUGGAAUUGUCAGGAAUUUAAGGUGAACAAAAAAUUAUUCUCAAAUUCAUGACUUUUUAAGUGAACGUAUGACAGCCUUAAAUGUUUCUAAAGUGGCUUUUUUUUCUGUUCUAAAAUUUGAAAUUCGUUCUGAAUUCCCAACACUUCAUACUGUAGUGAAUAACCCUCACGGUAUCUCAGAAAUUCACAAGGCCAGACUGAUAAAUAAUAAUCUGAAUACAAACCCAAUCAUUUUGUGGAUUCACGUUUAGACGUUCUGUAACUCUACACGCCCCCUCUACCCCUAAAUACGUUUCAAACCGGCAAGCCUGGGCUUUCUUAAAUCUUGCAGAUCUACUCCAUGGCCUGACAACAACAAAAUAACAUAAAAUUACUGCACUGCUAGAGUUUCACUAUUGCUGCUUGGACCACAUAUUAACCAUUUGGUUGCCCAUUCACUAGUCCUUGCCCUCUAAGCUGGUUUUAUCCCUCUGCUCCCAGCAUGAUUUUCAUCAUCGAUUCAUUUAUUUCACUUUAAACAGAAACAAGAUGAAGGAAUCACACGUUUGAGAAGUGACUUUGAGAGACAAGUUCGAGGUAAAUUUAGAAUUUUCUCUCAAGAAGAUUAUGCAGAAACUAACGAGGUAAAAUAAUAAUAAUAAUAAGGCAACAAAAUCUUACAAUACAACAUGGAACCUGACAAGUAUUGUGCGGCUGGUUUAUUAGAACUCUCUUUUUGAAACCUAAUACUGUUUUCUGGGUGUGACUGCAUGUUUUGUUUUCGUUUUCAUUUAUCUCUUUAUUCCUGUAACCCAGAUAUUGAGACCAAGUACGAAAAGAAAAUGCACGUUUUACGAGAGGAACUUGAGCUGCGCAGAAAGACGGAGAUCCACGAGAUUGAAGAACGGAAAAACGGACAAAUCAACACCUUAAUGAAAAACCAUGAAAAGGCAUUCAGUGACAUCAAAAACUACUACAAUGACAUCACCCUCAAUAAUCUCGCACUCAUUAACUCUCUGAAGGUAAUGAGCCAUGGGAAUAAGCUUUCAGGUGCAGUACUAGGCUACCUGCUGGCUCCUUCAAUGCAUGCUUUAUUGUCAAAUUGGUGAUAACGUCUAAUUGUGUGUGUUGGCAUGAUCUCUUCCUCUGACAGGAACAAAUGGAAGAUAUGAAAAAGAAGGAAGAUCGUCUAGAGAAAGAAAUGGCUGAUCUGCAACUACAGAACCGUCGCCUUACUGAACCACUGCAGAAAGCUCGCGAAGAGGUGGCCGAGCUCCACAAAAAACUGGCCAGUUAUGAAAAAGACAAGACAACUUUAGCUGUGAGCAUUGUUCUACUAGAGUCUAGGCUACAGUGCAGCUAACGUGUGUGGGAGCCUGGAGUGUCCCUUUAAUAAUAUAAACCCACCCAGUAUAACUAACUGUAACCUAACCUACACAGUGCACCUAACGUGUGGGGGAGCCUGGAGUGUCCCUUUAAUAAUAUAAACCCACCCAUUAUAACAAACUGUAUCCUAACAUACACAGUGCACCUAACGUGUGUGGGAGCCUGGAGUGUCCCUGUAAUAAUAUAAACCCACCCAGUAAAACUAACUGUAACCUAACCUACACAGUGCAUCUAACCUGUGUGGGAGCCUGGAGUGUCCCUUUAAUAAUAUAAACCCACCCAGUAUAACUAACUGUAACCUAACCUACACAGUGCAUCUAACGUGUGUGGGAGCCUGGAGUGUCCCUUUAAUAAUAUAAACCCACCCAGUAUAACUAACUGUAACCUAACCUACACAGUGCAUCUAACGUGUGUGGGAGCCUGGAGUGUCCCUUUAAUAAUAUAAACCCACCCAGUAUAACUAACUGUAACCUAACCUACACAGUGCCCCCUGAAUGGUAAGGCUUGAAGGUGAACUGUUCCAUAAACACAAUCUGUGUUUAGUAGAGGAAGCACUUGCUGUCACUGUAUUUGCUGUAUUAUUCUGUAUCAAUGUUAUGAUUAAUUAUCCGAGAUAUAAUUUGACAGUCCCAGAACAUGGGGUGCAGAUUGCUGGUACCCCUUUAUCACAUGCCAACGUUUCUUUCUGCAGAGUACCAAAGCACGGCUAAAACAAACUGAGAAAGAACUGGCAGACCUUAAAUGGGAGCACGAGGUGUUAGAACAGCGGUUUGAGAAGGUGGGUGACUAUACCUUAUCAGACAGGUAACCGCCUAAUAAUUAAAACCCAUUUAUUUGUGUUGCUUUACAUUAUUUAGUUAUUACAUUCCGUUCAUGUUUAUUACUUAAACCAUUUGCUGGCUGCCUGCGGACGAAUAUUGAGGAUUUCUGCGGUUUACCUGUAAAAAAACAGUUUUUAUGAAUUUAGCAAAUCCACCCUCUAUCAGAUUGGUUCUGUUUAAAUCCAAUGGAGAACAUGGUAAUUCUAUUUUUUUAAUAAAUAUGUCACUCCUAUAUUUUUACAGGGUUUGCAUGUAAAUGUAUUGAUUUAAGGCAGUUACUGAAUGAAAUGUUUUCUUGAAUGAGCCAAAUUUAAAUUGGUUUAGUAGUAGGAGAAUUACAAAUAAGGGUGUAAUGAUUUUUUUGGCUUUCCCAUAUACUGCUUGCUAUGUCACCACCGGGGACUGGUUGUGAUCUAGGUGUAGAAUUAGAAGCAUCUCUCCAGGGUUGCGGAUGUUACACACGAUCGUUUAUUAUGUCUAGUUAUUUUACCCUAAUCUGUAUAUUUUUUUUCUUGCAUGCUACAAUAGAUAAUUGUGUUUUAAACACUCAAAUCCUACUCUUACCAUGCUCAGCCAGCCAUUCUGAAGCAGCUGUGUAACUUGAGCUUAUUUGUGAUUUUUCAAACUUGGCCUGUCCGUGUCCAAGCAUUUUACAUAGAGAUCCAGGACAUUUAAGCUUGUUUCAUUAGCUUCCUAGAUCCAGGUGAACACGAAUAACUUUGUCCUUUGCAUAGUUACAAGUUGAACGGGACGAACUGUAUCGAAAAUUCACCACCGCCAUACAUGAAGUUCAGCAAAAGAAUGGCUUCAAGAACCUGCUACUGGAACGAAAAUUGUCAGCGCUCGGAGACAUGCUGGAGAAGAAAGAGGCACAGCUUAAUGAGGUUCUAGCAGCCUCGAAUCUCGACCCGACAGCACUAACAGCCGUCACCCGCAAGCUGGAGGUAUGGACACUUUUUUUUUUUUUUUAAUAUAAAUCAAAGUUUUUUUUUGUUUUUUUUUUGAGUUUUCAUAAUAGAUACAUGACAAUCAAUAACACAGAAUGUACUCAAGAAUAAUUGAUAGUGAGUGAAUAUAAACGGAGGCUUGGAGGUCAGGUAUGGACACUUCUAAUUACUCUGCUGCUGAUGAAGCUAGAAGCUGAAGGGAGGAUGUGAGCUGCAGCAGGUUAAGGAUUACUUCAACCUCCAUGACCGCUUUGAAGUUGUUAUGGUGGUAACCAUAUGUCAGUUCUUUGUACAUCUGUCAGUAUGUACUACACGCUGCGGACAGACGUGAGAAUCUUUCCCUUGCAGGCAGUGCGUCUGCAAGACGAAGCUAGCGGUAUUCAGCGCCAGGAGCUUGACCCGGCGCUGAAUUCCAGGCGAGUAAAAAAUAAAUAAAUGUAUAAAUCUUUCAUCUCCCCUAACUUUUAGAGUAAUCUGAGCAGGGGGACCUCCUCCAUGGUUUUCCUGGCUCCAAAGGGUUAAAGUAACCCUUUAAAGAGUAACAUGGGGGUCUACUGCAAGGGGUCAAAUUAUCCUCUUCACUUAUGUACAUCUAGUUAUUGUUUUCCUAAAUGAGAUCUAUGGGAGAUGCUAAAAUCAGUGUAUCUAUAAGGAGAUGCUGAUGCUCACUGGCCCCCCAAUGCUUCCCUAUGGGAAUUGCCUGAGAUAAUCAGUAUUGCUCUACAGUUGAGAAGUGGUGGCAGGAGUGCAAAUGGCUUACUGGUGGACUAAAGAUAAUUUUUUAAAAAGCUUUAUUUCUAUUAAAGGGCACUCUAAGCACCAAACAACUGUUAAUGAAGCAGUUUUGGUGUAUAGAUUAUGCCCCUGCAGCCCUAGCCACACCUCCCCUGACUGGGAGUCACACAGUCUCUCUACACACUUCCUGUAAGAUUGAUUCAUCAAACUAAACUUGUAUUUGUGCUUAGAGUGUCCCUUUAAUUAAGGAGGGGGGGUGGGGGGGGAGAGACAGAUAUCUAUGUAGUUUGUAUUACAUACUAUUGUGUUCCUGUAAUGCCUUUCUUUGUUUUGUUAGUGUGUGCGUCCCUGAAUAUAGGACACUUCUUUGUAGUGUUAAUUCACAAAUAGCACAUCUUACUAUAUUCGAUAUAAUGGCCAUAGAUAUUUAUUGUAAAAAGAUUCUGGUAUUUUUAGUUGUUCAUCGAAAUUCUUUUCAACUAAAAAUGGUGGUCAUUACAAAUUUACAAAGUAGCAAAAACUAAUAUGUAGUAGUUAUGGUGCGAAGAGUUCUCUUUAAAAUGAUGAUUUUAAUUUCUUUAGAAUCCCACAGUAUACACAGAAUUUAUUUGGUUUUUUCCCCCCCUCUCCCAUAGGAUGUCCUGGAUUCGAAGAACAGCGCUAUUAAGGAUUUGCAGUAUGAACUGGCCAGAGUGUGCAAGGUGAGAGUCUUAUCAUGGAAUUCAAAUCGCUUCCAGUAAUGUGGAAAUGUUUUAACUGAGCACAAGCACUGUUAUUAACUACAGUAUGAAUCUCGCAUUAUAGGACACAAUGUCUGAAAGUGGGAAUAUUAUCCGUUUCCUGCUCAGCUAUUUUAGAUUUCCAGCAAUACAUACUAUAGUUACUAACUCUGAAUGAGUUGUAAUUGACGAUUUUGCAGAGAUGUGGCUGUAAGCCCACCAGCUCACUGAGAGCCAGAACUGGAAGAAACCGUGCUCCCAGCAGCUCAUAGAAUUACAGAGCAACUGAAUAUUGCUCAUAAAUGACGAGGACUGGCAGUUCCUCUCACUUAAAGGAUAAUACCAAAUAUUUAAAGGAACACUAUAGUCACCAGAACAACUACAGCUUUUUGUAUUUGUUCUCGUGAGUAGAAUCAUUCCCUUCAGGCUUUUUGCUGUAAGCACUGUCUUUUAAGAAAAAAUGCAUUGUUUACAUUAGAGCCUUAGGUAUACCUCCACUCUUCACUCCUCAGAUGGCUACUAGAGGUGCUUCCUGGGGCAGUGCUGCACCGUGUGACUGACAUUCACUGUAUCCACCUUCUGCAUGCAGACACUGAACUUUCCUCAUGGAGAUGCAUUGAUUCAAUGUAUCUCUAUGAGGAAACGCUGAUUGGCCAGGGCUGUGUUUGACUUGUGCUGGCUCUGCCCCAAUCUGCCUCCUUGACAAGCUCCACCAAUCCAAUGGUUUCUUAUAAGAAAACAUUAUGAUUGGCUCACAUUAACACUUCUGAUGAUGUCAGCCAAGCAGGCAGAUCAGGGGCAGAGCCAGCAGCAGCAGACUGAAAUAUAUGUUAAAGUUUGCUAUAUUUUGUGUGUAUUUGGGUGUAAGCAGGGCUAGAUGGUGGUUUUAACACUAUAGGGUCAGAUAUACAUGUUUGUGUUCCGGACCCUAUAGUGUUCCUUUAACUAUAAGCAGCCAAUAACAUAACCGGCUAAUACUGCUACUUUAAAAAUAAAUAAAUUAUAGUUGCUCAAGGUUGUAAUCCCCAUCAUUUUAUGAAGGAAUCAAAUUGUCUGAGGCUGGUGCAGACUGUAACAGUCAAGGUGAGCUUUGUGAAUGUUCCAUAAACUGCAGUUUCUAUGGGAAAUGUAGUCCAGCUGUGGGAUCACCAGAUUUGACAGAGGUUUAUGUGUGUGUGUGUGUGUGUGUGUGUGUGUGUGUGUGUGUGGAGGGGCAGGGGAUUCUCAGAGUGUUAAACAUGCAUGCAGUUCCCAUGUAACAUACCUAUGCAUACGCUUUUUCUUUCAAGUCUCACAAUGACCUGCUGCGGACGUACGAGGCAAAGAUGCGUGCUUUUGGCAUUCCUGCAGAUGAAUUAGGAUUUAAACCCCUGGAAAGCCUAGUCCCUGGACAGACAUUUGGGCAGGGUCCUGCUGGAUUGGUAGCAGCCACAACAUAAAGUUGCAGUAAAAAUGCUGCCUGUGUAAAAAAAAAAAAAAAAAGUCUUGAAAAAUCAAAGCAAAUCCUGUGUAAUAUGCCUCUGUGUCUUAAAAGUAACCUGGAUCUCUGGAAUGUGACAGACAUUCUUUCCAUUCAAACCAGGGAUGGGCAGCUGUUACCCCCCACAGCAUCAAAGGAAGGUUAAUUCAAACUCUUUGCAAAACAAAAAACAAAUCUAUAUUUUCUAUAACCCAGACCGUUUCCAUAUUACUUUGAAAUAUAUAUAUAUAAAAAAAAAAAAAGCGUAAGCUCACUUGUGGUCUUUUUGUCAAUUUUAUUGAAAGGCCACUUAUUGCUGUAUUACAUCUCCCAUCAAUCUAGAAGAGUAGUGGAGGCCUAUUUUGGUACCAGGUGUAGGAAGCAUUGAGAUUUGAUGCCAACGCGUUCUUACAAGGCCGUGCGCAGUAAUGCCAGUAACGAGAAGAGUAAUGUUUAGUUUGAAGUAAAUAAGAGAAAUUAAAAACAGCCAGUCACAAAUUGUCAUUGUUUGUAUAAGCUAUAUAAUCAAGCUACUUCUUGCCCAAACCAGUUUUUGAAUAAUAAAUAUACUUUAAAUUGUGUUAACCUGAAAUCCAAAUGACAAUUUUUCUGCCAAAGAGGAAACUGGGAAAGUUUUUUUUACAAAGUUAACAAUGUUUUUAGUUUUGCUGUUUUGUCCCCACUACGGACACAUUAGUGAAUUGCUCAAACAGCAAUCAUUAUACCUGUUUUUUUCUACUUAUGUCUGAAUGAGCAUCAUGCGAAAUGUGAUUCAAACAUCUGGGGAGCCAAGGUCAACCAUCAGCACCUUGACGUUUGGUUUACAGAUUUGAG